GGCAAGGUGAAUGUACAGGUGGACCUUAGUGAGAACGCAGUGCCGUUACCACAACCAAUAGCAUCAACCACUUUUCUGCGCAUGAGCCAGCCACUUGAUGAUCCCUCUGAACGAGCGGAAGGCCUUGACGCCGGAGUCGAGUAUUGUCUAAGCUUUGAGUUUGUGGUUCCUUGCGCGCUACCACUUCAAGCCUGCCAGCAUAGUUGUCGUCAUGGACAAGUACAUGAAGAACAUCUCUCCCUUCCGCCAAGUCUUGGAACACUAGGCCUCCGGAAGAAGUCAUUACAUGGCAAGGAUGAUAUGGCUCCUGAAACAGCCUCAGUUAUUUACCACAUAUCUCUCCGCAUAAGCAAGAAGUCUUUCAAGGCCGGGACAACAGCCCCCAUUGUGGAAUGGGAGCACCCGAUAAACAUUCGUCCGUUGCGUGUGGAGCGAGCACCGGUCCUCGUGCCACGGGAAAGCAAAUUCUAUUGCCUGCGGCGAGAAGUUGCAAUCACAAGGGGUUUUUCCAGAGCACUCCAGGGUGUUCUGUCAGCCCAAGCAGUCCAACCCACAGCGAUAGCACCAGGAAAGACUCCUUUUAGAAUGGUGCCCAUCGACCUGCAUUACAGAGCCCUAUCCGGUGCCCCUCCGCCAAAACUGUCAGCCAUCAAAGUCGAGCUCCAAGCGAUCACCCUCUUCGGCGCAAAGCCUUGGUCAGACUUUCCCGACUUGACCAAUCCGGUAACUUGGGGCCGCCACCAGAACCAUUAUAUAUACCCGGUGUCGUUAGCAGACAUGCAGCCCGGCCCUCUGAAGUGGCAGCCGAAGAGCACAGAUGAUGAGACCUCGCCGAGUUUCAGAUCCACAAUCCAGGUGCCCGUGGAGCUUCCUGGUGAUUUUGACUACCCCCCAACAUUCAGCCACUGCUUCAUCUCUCGGGUGUAUGCAUUGAGAGUCGAUAUCUGUUAUCGGGCCCCAGGUGCGUGGGGGAGAAGCAGAGUGUCAAUGACUGUUCCGCUGCAGAUAUUGUAG